GCAAGUCAGCUUAGGUAUUGAGCGAAUAUUUUAUGCAUAAAUACACGUCAACACAUACCAUUUGUUAAGCUUUGCAACCGUACUAUUUUUAUUCCUGCCUUAGGCAACAACGAAAUUAAAUGGGACAGCAUUAAGCAACGUUUUUUCAACGAUUCCGUCAGCAAACAGAUAGAAGCUACAUCUAAUCGUGUGCGUAGCUUAUCAUUCACCCUCAAUUUUCAACACAAGUGGCGAUGUUUUUAAAUCUUAACUUGAUACUGCAUCCUUCAAAAAUAGAGAAAAGGCCGAAAUCUUUUCACACGUCACCAGUAUUUGAUGUCAAUUGGGAUAAAUUUAUUACCAAAGCUUUGCAUAAAUUAGGGAGGUUGUUUUUUCGGAAAAUCUCAUUGGAUUACUAGACAUUUAACUCCAUUUACUUUCCUUCUCCGACCUGAGGCCAGUUGAAAUGGGGUUCACUCAGCAUAUUAAGUGAUUACCUUCUGGUUGAAGCAACUCAUCCUUAAUUGAUCACUUCCUUCUCGUCUCGGGGUAAAAUCCAACCCAGCCAUUUCCCAAAUCAGCCAACUCAAUAGAGCCCAAAUUAUUGGACCCCUUCAUUUAUAUUCUUGUUCUUCAAACAACCACUCUUUUUAAUAAAACGAGGGGGUAUUGAUUUAUUAUAUGUCAUAGUGCUAAGGUAAGGGGACUACUGCUAUACCAGUGCAUGUACCUUAGCACCCGCAUUAUACCUGUAUUUUGUGUGAUUUGAUCAGCUUGUCGGUUUUUAUAUCUUCUCUAAUCCUUUCAUUUCCUUUUUUGUUCACAAUUAGUAUUUUUUGCAGCCUGAUCAAUCGGUACCUUCAUCCCAUUUUAUUCACGUCUUAUUCUUCAUUAGAAAGAAGGGCAAUCAAUGCUACUUUUAGAGGAUAAGUUACCAUCUAGGAACUCUGUUUACAAAACUACAAGUUCGUUGCUUCUAUCUCCGCCGUAGUUACUGUACACUAGUCACGAAAAGCUGUUUACGAUAACAACAUCAGUCAUAAAUGAUAAAAAAAUAAAAGGGAUGUUAAAAUAAAUACGUUGAAAAAUAACGUACCUACAAUCCGUUUUUACCAGAGCUCAAAUUUUAUUUCCUGCAUUUCAAAUUAAACUAGUCAGAUUUAAAUUACGCGUCAUUUUUACUUCUAUGUUAAUUCAAUUCAAUGCUUUUAUCUUUUCUUUAAACUUCAUUAAACUCCCCAGACAUUUAAAAGCUACCUCACUCGAUUUAAUUAUAAUAAAAGAACUAUUUCUCUGUUCAAGUUCUAGUAAAGCCCGCUUUAGAGCAAAAAUCACCUCGCUAUGAAUUUUCUCUUACUUUUCAGCCGACAAGGCAAAAUUAGAUUACACCGUUGGUACCAAGCUUAUAGUGAAAAGGAACGGCGAAAAAUUCUCAAAGAUGUUCCUUACAUCGUCUGCAAUAGGAAACCUCGUAUGUCAAACGUCGUAGAAUGGAGCAAUGGUUUGAAGCUAGUCUACAAACGAUACGCCAGCUUGAUAUUCUGCGUCGCUGUCGAAAACGAGGACAAUGAACUCUUAGUACUGGAAAUUAUUCACAGAUAUGUUGAAUUACUCGACGCUUAUUUCGGAAAUGUUUGCGAGCUGGACGUCAUUUUCAACUUCGAAAAAGCCUACCACAUCUUAGACGAGUUUAUUCUUGGUGGUUACGUUCAAGAAAGCAGUCGGAAAUUAUGCCUGGAUGCGAUGUGCGAAGCCGAUUUGCUAGCGGGCGAAGUCGACGUUAAGAAGAUUCUAGAAGAAGUUGGACUCUAUUAA